UCAUGGUUGGGGGGUGGGGGGAAAAGAUGGCGGAGCUGAUGCUCCUCAGCGAGAUUGCAGACCCGACGCGCUUCUUCACCGACAACCUGCUGAGCCCGGAGGACUGGAGUCUGCGGAACAGCACCUUGUAUACUGGCCUGGAUGAAGUGGCGGAGGAACAGACGCAGCUCUUCCGUUGCCAGGAGGAGGAUGUCCCGUUUGACAGCAGCUCUCUGGACGUGGGGAUGGAUGCCACCCCUCCUGAGCCCCCCUGGGACCUCCUACCUAUCUUCCCAGAUCUUCAGGUGAAGUCUGAGCCAUCCUCUCCCUGUUCUUCCUCCUCCAUCAGCUCGGAGUCAUCACUGCACUCCACAGAGCCUUCAAGCCAGGCCCUUGAAGUAGGGGAGGUGCUGCAUGUGAAGACAGAGUCCUUGGCACCCCCACUCUGCUUCCUGGGAGAUGAUCCAGAUCCAAUAUCCUCAUUUGAAACCAUCCAGGUCAAUGUGGACCACACCUCUGAUGAUUCCUCAGAUGUCCAGACCAAGAUAGAGCCUGUCUCUCCUUCUUCCUCCAUCAACUCUGAGGCUUCUUUCCUCUCAGCAGACUCCUCCAACCAGGCUUUUAUAGGAGAGGAAGUACUAGAAGUGAAGACAGAGUCCCCCUCCCCUCCAGGGUGCCUCCUAUUGGAUGUUCCAGCCCCCUCACUCGGAGCUGUCCAGAUCAGCAUGGGCCCAUGCCCUGAUGGCUCCUCAGGCAAAGCCCUGCCCACCCGGAAGCCUCCAUUGCAGCCUAAACCUGUGGUGCUAACCACUGUCCCAAUGCCACCCAGAGCUGUGCCUCCUAGCACCACAGUCCUUCUGCAGCCCCUUGUCCAGCCACCCCCAGUUGUCCUCAUCCAGGGUGCUAUUCGAGUACAUACUGAAGGACCAAGCCCCCCUGUUCCACGGCCUGAGAGGAAGAGCAUCGUUCCAGCUCCUAUGCCUGGGAAUUCCUGCCCACCUGAAGUGGAUGCGAAGCUGCUGAAGCGGCAGCAACGAAUGAUCAAGAACCGCGAGUCCGCUUGCCAGUCCCGGAGAAAGAAGAAAGAGUAUCUGCAGGGGCUGGAGGCUCGUCUGCAGGCAGUCCUGGCCGACAACCAGCAGCUCCGCCGGGAGAAUGCUGCCCUCCGGCGGCGGCUAGAGGCCCUGCUGGCUGAGAAUAGCAAGCUCAAGUUAGAGUCUGGGAACAGGAAGGUGGUCUGCAUUAUGGUCUUUCUUCUCUUCAUUACCUUCAACUUUGGACCCGUCAGCAUUAGUGAGCCUCCUCCAGCUCCUGUCUCUCCUCAGAUGAGUGGGGGAGAGCCUCUGCCCCAGAGACACUUAUUGGAGUUCUCAGAGCAAGAACUACUUCCCGGAGUUGAACCCCUACAGGGGUCUUCCCACAGUCCUGAGGAGCCCCAGCCUAGCCCCACAGACCAGCCCAGUUUCAGGAACCUGACAGCCUUCCAUGGGGGGGCCAAGGAGCUACUACUGAGAGAUCUAGACCAGCUCUUCCUCUCCUCUGAUUGCCGCCACUUCAACCGAACUGAGUCCCUGAGGCUUGCUGAUGAGCUGAGUGGCUGGGUUCAGCGCCACCAGAGAGGCCGGCGGAAGAUCCCUCAGAGGGCCCAGGACAGACAGAAGUCUCAGCUACGGAAGAAGUUACCUCCAGUUAAGGCAAUCCCUACCCAACCCCCUGGCCCCUCAGAAAGGGAUUCUGUGGGCCAACUCCAGCUAUAUCGCCACCCAGAGCGUUCGCAGCCAGAGUUCUUGGAUGCAAUUGACCGAAGGGAAGACACAUUUUAUGUUGUCUCCUUCCGAAGGGACCACUUGCUGCUCCCAGCCAUUAGCCACAACAAGACCUCCCGGCCCAAGAUGUCCCUGGUGAUGCCUGCCAUGGCCCCCAAUGAGACCCUGUCAGGCCGGGGGACCCCAGGGGACUAUGAGGAGAUGAUGCAGAUCGAGUGUGAGGUCAUGGACACCAGGGUGAUUCACAUCAAGACCUCCACGGUGCCCCCCUCGCUCCGAAAACAGCCCUCCCCAACCCCAGGCAAUGCCACAGGUGGCCCUUUGCCAGCCUCUGCAGCCAGCCAGACCCACCAGGCCUCCCACCAGCCCCUCUACCUCAAUCAUCCCUGACCUCUGCCAUGCACACUGACUUAGAACUGGGGGAGGGGGUACAGGGUAACCAAAAGGGACUGUUUUGAAUUUCCCUAAUCUCCAGGCUUGGGGCAAUUGGUAAUGGAAAGACAGAGUGUGGGGGUUAAGCACUUAUUUGAGGUGAGAGAGUCACCUCUCUUCUCAUCGUAUAGGGUUCUUCUCAUUUCUGUGAACCCCCAGUCCCUGCUUUUUUUCCUUUGAGGAUAUUGGGUAAGAUUCAGUUUUGGAGUGGGUAGGCUCCUGUGUAUAUUCUUUUGUUUUUCUGUUGGGAGGGUGUUAGAGAUGGGAAUUUAGUCCCCAGGUGGGACAAGGGAAGUUUUUACGUUUUGUCACUAGUUACGGAGUAAAGGAGGGUGGUGGAGGGAGAUCAGAUUUACGUGUGUGCAUAUCUCCUUUUUUAUUAUUAAAUAAACAACUUGGAGGGAGUUGAA